GAGCAGUUUGUUGAGCCUUUCAAAGACUUAGAAGAAGACACAAAACACCUUCUCGAGUGUAUAGACAGAGGCACGAUUUAGGCCGUCGCGAUCAUGGGAGAUGCUGCCCAUGCAAUGGCGCCAUUUCAAGGUUCUGGCGCUGUUCAGAGUAUCGAGGAUGCUUACAUCCUCGCGACUGUUCUUGGACACAAACCCACGACCAUAGAAUUGGUAUCCAGGGCCCUCGUCAUCUACGACAAGUUGAGAAGGCCAUUCUCAUCGGACGUAGCUCUACGCUCAAUGCGUAACGUUCAGCUAUGCGCGUUUUAUGAGCUUAGCGAUACGAUCACUAAUAAUUGGGAGUGAGCAUGGUCGACAAUGCUCGAUGAUGCUUUGAAAGAAGCUGUUAUGCUUGUGAAGGACAGCUCAAUCAAAUAUCGAAGCAACAUGUUUAA